GGUGCCGGCCCGGCUGAUGUCGGCAGAGGCGGCGGAGCGGCGCUCGCCCGGCCGCAGCUUCGAGACGCUGCGGGUGACGCCGGAGCGGGACCACGUCCUGCAUGUGGAGCUCCACCGCCCCGAGAAGAGGAAUGCCAUGAACGUGGCGUUCUGGAGGGAGAUGGUGGAGUGCUUCCAGGACAUCGCCCAGGACUCGUCCUGUCGCGCCGUCGUCAUCUCGGGCGCCGGGAAGAUCUUCACGGCUGGGAUCGACCUGGUGGAGAUGGGCAGCGAGUUCCUGGCGGUGGAGGGCGAGGACGUGGCCAGGAAGGCCUGGAACCUGCGACGGAAGCUCCGCGAGUACCAGGAGACCUUCUCGGUGCUGGAGAAGUGCCCGAAGCCGGUGAUCGCGGCGGUGCACAGCGCCUGCAUCGGCGCAGGCGUCGACCUCAUCUCCGCCUGCGACAUCCGCUACUGCACCCAGGACGCCUGGUUCCAGGUGAAGGAGGUGGACAUCGGGCUGGCGGCUGACGUGGGCACCCUGCAGCGUCUCCCAAAGAUUGUGGGCAGCCAGAGCCUCGUCAACGAACUGGCCUUCACCGCCCGCAAGAUGAUGGCCCCCGAAGCGCAGAGCUGCGGCUUGGUGAGCCGGGUGUUCCCCGACAAGGCGACGCUGCUGCAGGGAGCCCUGGACGUGGCCACCGCCAUCGCGGCCCGGAGCCCCGUGGCCGUGCAGGGCACCAAGGUGAACCUGCUCUACUCGCGGGACCACCCCGUCCCCGAGAGCCUCCGCUACAUGGCCACCUGGAACAUGAGCAUGCUGCAGACCGAGGACAUCCUCAAGUCGGUGCAGGCGGCCAUGGAGAAGAAGGGCCCCGAGGACGUCCCCUUCUCCAAGCUGUAGGGCCACCAUGGUCCCCCCCCAAUAAAGCCGGCUGUCCCCACGUC